AUUUUGAAAAAAAGAUAACUAUAGUUUUAGACGUGGAAAUCAAACAAAACCAUAAUUUUUUUCACAUCACUGUAAUUGUAAUUUUAAAAAAAGGUGAAAAAUUGUUCGAUUCGAAAUGAAGUUAUCGUACUUUCUAGUGAUAUUUUUCAUCAGGGCAUAUCAUACACGACAUGCUCCAACUCCAGGAAACGGCAUCAGGAUACCGCUAACAAGAAUACCUCCGACAGUGGAAACACUGAAGUCAGCGUUGUUGGAAUCGUACGAAACAAACAUUCAAUCUGGAAUUCCUCUCGAAAACUCUGAUAAUGUGCUAUAUUACGGACCAGUUUCCUUUGGUACACCGCCGGUGCAGAUGAAUAUCGAUUUUGAUACAGGAUCUUCUUAUCUAUGGGUACUUUCAAAAUUAUGCAACACUCCAAGCUGUCCAGUGGGAGACCAUGCUCGAUAUGACCACACCAAUUCAAAAACGUACCAGGAACAAAAAGCAACACCUCAAAAUCUCACAUACGUAUCCGGAUGGACAUAUGGAAUUUGGUCACGUGAUACAAUUUCAAUAGAUGAUGUAACCAUUAAAGACCAACGAUUCAUUGAAGCCACAAACAUGGCCGCCACGGACGCGAAUAAGCCAUACGACGGUCUUAUGGGAUUAAGUUACGACGCCAAAAAUACAUCAGAAAACAUAAUAUCAAAAUUUUGCAAACAAAGUGGAAUCAAAGAUAGUAAAUUUUCGUUCUAUUUGACCAACAACGCAUUAGAUACAAAUGGAGGCGAGUUGACGUUAUGUGGCGUGGAUCAGUCAAAGUUUAAAGGCGAAUUGAAGUACACUUCCGAUUUUGGAGAGUUUUACGGAAAAUCAUGGACGAUUUUCAUAACAGAAUUUUCGAUCAGAUACGCUGGAAACCGUUCUACAGAAGGAUCAUUCACCACAGCUCUAGUUGAUACGGGUACAGCAGCCAUUCUAGGGCCACCAGAUCAUAUCUCCGCCAUAUAUACAGCUGUAAAUGCUAAUAACCUGCAGGUUGAUUGCGAAAACAUCCCCAAGUUUCCGAACAUAACAUUGGUUAUUGAUAAAGUUGAUUACAUAAUUACAGGAAAGGACUACACAAUAAAAUUUCCUGACGGAGGCUGUAUCGUUGCUUUACUGCCUAAGAAACGUCAAAACGGUUCUCCUACUGACUGGAUUUUGGGAGAUGUUUUUCUCAGGAAGUACUACACUGUAUUCGACUUGGAAAAACAACAAAUUGGAUUCGCAGAAAGUAUUCAUAAUUGAAGUUUUGAAAUCAUUUUACCAUUUUCAAUCCCACGUGGUUAUUUAAGAAUAAGAUUUUUGGACUCGCAUUAUUCUAACUAGGGAUAAUGAGUCAGCUUUAUUAAGUAAAUAAAAUAAUUUUCAAUGGCAUAUCAAA